AUGCGGAUUUUCACUCCUGGGCAGCUGCUAUGGCAGUCAUCGCUCAUUGCUGCUGCGUCCGGUUUUCCGGACCUCCAUAGUGGUUCUUCCACUCAUCAAGGACUGCAUAAGAAGUGUCCUUUUGCGGACAUUCCAGAAAAUGCAGCAAUUAAACAUGACAAGAGGUUCUUGUUUGAUUCCAUGAAGUCUCCCAUUGACAUUACUGGUGACCAUGAGUUUCAACCGCCUAACUUUGAGAACGGCGACCAGCGUGGGCCUUGUCCGGGACUAAAUGCGCUUGCAAACCAUGCCUACAUCCCUAGAAGUGGAAUAGUUUCGUUUGGAAAUGUGAUUACAGCAAUCAAUGAAGUGUACGGUAUGGGUGUUGAUCUGGCGACUAUUCUCGCGAUUAUGGGCACCGUUUGGACUGGAGACCCACUGUCGCUGGAUCCCAGCUUUUCAAUCGGCGGUCGCGAUACUGGGGUCAACAAUUUGCUAAACAAUCUUGGGGGUCUUCUCGGUGAUCCUCAAGGCUUGAUUGGCUCCCACAACUUCAUCGAAGCCGAUUCCUCUAACACACGAGAUGACCUUUAUGUCACCGGCAACAGCCAUACCCUGAAUAUGGACAAGUUCAUGGCCUUCUACAACAUGUCUACGGAUGGUACCUUUGGCAUGGAUCUCAUGGCAGAGCGUGCAAAGAAUCGCUUCCAUGAGACAAUCCAGACAAAUCCAAACUUUUACUAUGGUCCUGUUACCGGACUCAUUGCACGGAACGCAGGUUACCUCUUCUCAGCACGAAUGUUCCGCAAUCAUUCUCGUGAAAAUCCAGAGGGGGUUCUGACCAAGAGUCAUGUCCGCAACUUCUAUGCGAUCUACGGGGAUGAGGGCAAUUUUACAUACCGUGAGGGGUGGGAGCGGAUUCCUGAAAAUUGGUACAAAACGCCCAUUGAUUAUGGUCUUGUUCAACUCAACCUGGACACAAUCGCAUGGAUUGCCAAAUACCCCGAGCUUGGAAGCGUUGGCGGCAAUUUGGGCAAGGUUAACAGUUUUGCUGGUGUUGAUCUUGCAGAUUUGACUGGUGGUGUCUUCAACCUGACUAAUCUCCUAGAGGGCAACAACUUACUGUGCUUCGUUUUCGAAGUGUUGAAGUUCGCUAGCCCAAAUGCACUGUCUGGGCUGUACAAGACGCUGGCAGAACCCCUGGAGUUCGUCACAAAUGUAGUUACAGAGCCUUUACUAAACUUGACAUGCCCAGCAUUCAAGGAUCUUCAGAUGGGUGGCAAGCCAAUCUGGGAAGCACUUAAAGAUGAUUUUUCAGGUGCCAUGAAGGGUAAUGGUGCUUUCUAA